GAUGAUACAUGUGCUUCACUUCCUCAGAGGAGAAACCGGAGUCGGUUGGGACUUUGUCAGCAGGGCAGAGGAGUUUUAGUAGAGAUGGUUUCACUCAAGUCUCGGUCUCUGAUGCCGGUGUCCAGAGCGGAGGCUCUGCUCGCGCUGGCCUGUCUGGCCAUCGCGCUCCUCGCCUUCAUGCUGGUUCGCCAGCUCGUGAAGCAGAGAAGACCUCUAGGGUUUCCUCCUGGUCCAUCUCCCAUCCCCAUCAUAGGAAACAUUUACUCUCUCGCCACCGAGCCGCACGUCUUCCUCAAGAGGCAAAGCGAAGUUCACGGACGGAUUUUCAGUCUGGACCUCGGAGGCAUCAUGACUGUGGUACUGAAUGGGUACGACUGUGUCAAGGAGUGUCUCUAUCAUCAGAGCGAAGUGUUUGCUGAUCGCCCAUCAUUACCUUUAUUCAAGAAAAUGACCAAAAUGGGUGGGCUCCUUAAUUGCAAAUAUGGGAAAGGGUGGAAUGAACAUCGCAGACUGGCUUGCAACUCUUUCCGAUACUACGGCAGCAGCCAGAGGCUGUUCGAAAAGCGUAUCACAGAGGAGUCCAUGUUCUUCGUCGAUGCCAUGGACAAACACAAGGGUAAACCCUUCAACCCCAAACACCUCGUCACCAACGCGGUGUCGAAUAUAACCAACCUGAUCAUCUUUGGGCAGCGCUUCACCUACGAUGACAGCAACUUCCAGCACAUGAUUGAGAUCUUCAGUGAGAACGUGGAGUUGGCGGUCAGCGGCUGGGCUCUCCUGUACAACGCCUUCCCUUGGAUCGAAUAUUUGCCAUUUGGAAAGCAUCAAAAGCUGUUCCGCAAUGCUGCAAAGGUGUAUGACUUUCUGCAGGAGGCCAUAAAGACAUUCUCACACGGCAGGGUGCCUCACACGCCACGUCACUAUGUUGAUGCCUAUUUGGAUGAGUUGGAGCAAAGUGCAGGGAACCCCAAUUCCUCUUAUUCCCAUGAGAACCUCAUCUAUUCAGUGGGUGAGCUCAUCAUCGCCGGCACAGAGACCACAACCAACACCCUGCGCUGGGCCAUGCUGUACAUGGCAUUGUACCCUAAUAUCCAAGAGAGGGUGCACAGGGAGAUUGACAGUGUGCUGUCCAAUGGGAGGCCACCCUCAUUGGGGGACAAGCAUAAGAUGCCCUACGUGGAGGCAGUUCUGCACGAGGUCCUUCGCUUCUGCAACAUUGUGCCUCUUGGUAUUUUCCGUGCCACCUCCCAGGACGCAGUAGUCAACGGGUACACCAUCCCCAAAGGCACUAUGGUGAUCACAAACCUCUACUCAGUGCACUUUGAUGAGAAGUACUGGAGCGAUCCUGCCGUUUUCUCACCGGAGAGGUUUCUGGACAGCAGUGGGAACUUUGUGAGGCGUGAGGCCUUCCUUCCGUUCUCUCUAGGGAGGCGACACUGCGUGGGCGAACAGUUGGCCCGGAUGGAGAUGUUCCUGUUUUUCACCACAGUACUGCAGAGAUUUCAUCUCCAAUUCCCUCCAGGAGCUGUUCCGACAGUCACUCCCAAACUAGGAAUGACCUUACAGCCCAAACCUUACUCCAUUUGUGCUGUCCGCAGGCAGCAGAAACUUUCCUGUGCUGGAGACACUCCUUAUCACAAGUAGGAACGCUGGCUGUUAGUAUGGCUUGUGCAAUAGUCUUUUCAAGGAAUCUUUAGUGACACAGAUGCCCCUCUGCAAGCUGGUUAUGCAACUAAUACUGAUUUUUAGUGAGCAAUAUGCAUAUUUGCACAGUAUUGUUAAACAGAGGAGGCAACGGGUGGUGAAAGGACAUCCUGGGAAUGCAAGCAGGCUAUUGAUCUGGUUCCCUGAGCUCCUGCACCCAGAAAAUGAAAUACCUGUUAACCUUGGCGCCAUGGUGAUGGCUUAGGUCAAUGAUUUACAGGAUGUGCACCUAAGGUGGUUCAUAGCCCCGCUGUUGUUGGUCAGCUCUGGGGAGAUAAAGGACACCAGUUCUUGCUGUGCAUUUUAAGCAAAGUGGGACAAGCAGACUUUCCAAGAAAGUUCUGAACAAUGUGUGUCGGGAGCUGGAGACGAGCCAAGACAUACAUCAUCGAGACUGACUCUGACCCCUUCUCCAGGGAUGGUGCUGUUUGGAAAAUCUUUCUCUUAGAAAGCAAAUGCAACCCAGAUGGACUUCUGGAAACAGACUGGUUACUGCAAGGCGGUGCUCCUCAGUACUGACAUUUGUACAUUUGUUUGUAGUGUUUGUCUGUUUUUGCAAUACUGAUUGUGUAAAGUGGUUUUCCUGUGUAUUCAUAAAGUAUUAUGUUUCUGA